CGGGAGUAGGAAGUGGCGUCAUCACUGGGCGCCCGGCAAAAGGCAUUGACCUAACGAGGGGAGAAGGAGGAUGCUAAGCCGGCUGCAGGAACUCCGCAAGGAGGAGGAAACGCUGCUGCGUCUGAAAGCGGCCUUGCACGACCAACUGAACCGCCUCAAGGUUGAAGAAAUGGCCCUCCAAUCCAUGAUAAGUUCUCACAGAGGGACUGAAACGCUGUCUUCUCGGACUGCGCCUGAACAGUCGUGUGAUAUGUCGGUGCAUGUCGACAAUGAAGCAUCAAUCAAUCAAACCACACUGAAGCUGAGUACAAGGACCCCUAUGGAGGAAGAGGAGGAGGAGGAGGAAGAGGAAGAAUCUGAUUCGUAAGGGGGACAAGAGCUUGGGUUAGUUUUACAAACUGAAUUUCUAAGUCACAGGCACUUGCCUUGGGCACUGGUGCUAUGUAAAAAAGUAUACACUGUGGACAGGAGAGACUCAUUUGGUAAAGUAUCUACCAUAUAAAUAUGAAAACGUGAGUUUGGAUCUCCAAAUCUAUGUAAUAAGCUUGGCAAAGUGUUACAUGCUUGUAACCUCAACACUGAGGAGAGGGAGCCUAAAGCUGUCUGGCCGGCCAGUGAGCUUCGGGUUCACCAAGAGAUCCUGUCUGAAAAAGAGAAAAACCAGUGAUGUUGGGCAUGGAGGUGUACACACCGUUAGUCCCAGAACUCGCUGGAAGGGUGUAGAAUAAUGCUAGUGUACAGCAAGCUACAAAUGUUUUUUUCCUGCUCUAAUAUAUGAAACAACUCAAGGUCAACUUCACCACUGGACAACUGGGAAAAAGUGGAUAAUACCUGGUCAUUAUCUAAAAGAUGUUUAGUAGAAAAUAAGGAGUUUUAGCAAGUUUUGGCAUAUACACUCCUGUAAUCCCAGGCUUUGAGAUUCUCUAGCAGAAGUGAUUACCCACUGUGAGGCCAGUCUGGAAUGUAAUAAAAACAAAAUACAAUGCAAGGUAAACACAAAGCAUGGGUUGAUCUCUAGAUCAUUAUGCUAUGAGAAAUAAACAGUCAUUCUAGCCUUCCUUUUUUCUGAAAAAGGCAAACACUAUACAAAUU